CACCAGUGUCACACCUGUCACUGUUCACUGUCGUCCAUGUGUCGUCUGCUGUCAUUCUGUCAUCUGUCAUCUCUCAUUUCGGUUUGGUUUUGUGAGAUAGAAGUUCUCGAUCACUGCUAUAUUGCUCCUAUUUUAAGUUUUCGAUACCUUUAGUUUUUCCAAUUAAUUACUCGAAAAAAAUCCCAAAGCAUGGCGGAUCUCGACGAUUUUUUCGCAAAAAAAGAUCGCAAGAAGGGCAAGAGUUCGAAAAAGUUCGCCACCACGGAAGAGGUAGCCAAGAAACUGGAGGACACUGUCAAAAAAACCGAAAAGCAAAAAAAGGAACGUGUCCAGGAAGGUGAUGAGAACUCUUCUCAGGCCAUCGAUCAGGAUGAGUGGAAGGAAUUCGAGGAAGAGAAGAAAGACUAUACUGGACUGAAAAUCGGAAACCUAACCAUCAACGCCGACCAAGAGAACAACUUGAACAAUCAGGAUGCUGGAUCGGGAGACCAACAGGAUGGGGCUGAUUCCAACCAGGAUUGCGAAAAGAAACCGGGUCCUUGGAAGAGAAUUGAUGUUCAGACUGAUGCUGUGAUUGAGGAACCACCAAAGCCAGUAGAAAAGAAGCCCGAGACACCUUCAACUAAUUUGCAAGCUUAUAAGCCGCCCUCUCUGCGUUAUUCAACCUCUCAGCCAUCAACUAAUUAUCCAAGAACAAAGGCAAGCAGAUUUGGUAGCACAGCUCCUGAUAUCCAUAACGAGGAAUAUUUUCCUACUUUGAGCAAGAGUAAUGAGUCGAAAAAGAAUAAGAGUGAAGGUUCAUUUGAAGUAGUCCAAUCAAACAGGGCUUCCUCUCAGCGCCAACAACUAGAACAAUCGAAGACGGCCGGUGGCCCUAAAUUAAGUUUAGGCAACCGUUACACCACGUUGAGCAAUGAUAGCUAGUGUCUAUCCCACUAGCACCUACUGAGAGACACUGAAGUGUUUAUAUUGGGCCUACUAUGCGCGAGUGUUCUGGAGUUACAGGAAAAAACUUUUCCAUACAACUUCAGAUUUCUUACACACACUGUUUAUAAUACCAGAAUUAAAAAAAAAACAGCUUUCACUAGGCAAUUUUUCAUAAACAAAUUGUACAUUAUAUAUAGGGUGUCAUAAAAAAUGCCAAAAUAUUUUUUACACUUCUUUUUUCAAUAAAAGAUGAACGUUAUCUCAACAUGAUAUGUAUCAGUUAAGGGAAAAAUUGUUUUGGUGAAACCUAUAAUAAUAUAGGUUCAGUGUGGAAGAUGUAGAAUAAAAUGAAGCCAUCAUCGAAAAACUUGAUGAUUAAAUUUUAAUAAACAAUUUUUUUAUGA